AUGACAGUGAGCCCGCCACCAGAUCUGUUGCCCUACGGGGAUGGCUCUAAUAAAGUGUAUGGGAUGGAGAAUUUUGGGAACACUUGCUACUGUAACUCAAUCUUGCAGUGUCUCUACUAUACAGAUCUGUUCAGAACACACCUUGCUAGCCAUAACGACUCGUCACACAACAGGAGGCUAACUUUCCCGGGAAUCAAGCAGCAUGGAUUCACGGCAAAGUACGAAACAUUGAUGGCCAAGAAGGUAAAGCAGACCAAAUCUGGAUCUUCGAGUAGUGGUAAUGGAGUUGGUCCAACGGCUCAAUCGUCGAAUGGACACUCCGUUCCAAACGGGAGUAACAACAGCGCAAACAAUGGCGGGGGAUCUCACAGCGAUCGAACAGCGGGGGCCAACGGAUCGAUUGUAUCAGGCAGCUCAACGGGUUCAAACCCUACUGUAAACCUGGGCCCUUCUGCUCCUUCUUCAGUCUCAUCAGCUGGUUCACAGCCCACGCUGGGCACCCACGGCUUACCUCCGCCUCCUUCGUCGUCGUCAUCCUCGGCGUCGAACAACCCUGCAACUAAGAGAAGCUCGAUUUUCGGAAUCAAGUUUAACUACAGCUUAGGCUCCAGUAGCAAUAACAACAGUAAUAACAACAACAAUAAUAAUAACGCACAGAAUGGUUGGGACGCGUUGAAAAAGAACAGUAUACUGGAUGCCCAGCAUUGCGAAGAGUUGUCAGUUGAGCAGCAAAUAUUGAUCAAGAAGAAUCCGGAUUUCCAAAAUUUACUGAUUUUGGUCACUAGACCUCCAAAGCAAACUUUUCAAGACAAGAUGGACUACUCCCAGGCGUCUUCUAUGUUGCUAGGAAAAGACAGUGGAAACAAUAAUAACGGAAAGGAUAAAGAUGCCCAGGGAUGUGGAGCGGGUGCUCUGCCUGGAGGCACGACUUCAUUUGUAAUUGUAGGUAUCCCGCAUCCCGACCCAUUAACUGCCUAUAAUCCUAACCCCACUCUGGACCAACGUAAACGAGCUGCACUCAUAAAUGGACCCAUUAUCAACUUAGACUGCUCAUUCCAACUCCCAUCUCAGCAGCACGAGCAAACAGCCCUCCUUUAUUCACUUAGAGAUAUGUUCCAAUCCAUGAUAGAAAACAAAUCUCAAAUCGGGGUAGUAUCACCUAACUGGUUUAUUAGUAAAUUGAAGGAGAAGAAUUAUUUGUUUAGGCAAAACAAUAUGCACCAUGAUGCGCAUGAGUUCUGUAAUUAUCUUAUAAACGACAUCAUUGAAUGCAUAGAUCAAGAAAACCUCGAGAACGGUUCUGAAAAUACAAAUGGCGGUAAUUGGUGCAAUGACAUUUUUAAAGGUUCCAUUGCAAACGAAACCAAGUGUUUGUCAUGCGAGACUAUUACUUCAAAGGAAGAAUCUUUUCUUGACCUUUCUGUUGAUAUACCCCCUGGCGAAUCGUCCUAUUCAUUGACCCAUUCGUUAAACAAUUUCUCCAAGCUGGAAAGGUUAACCCAUCAAAACAAGUUUUAUUGUAACACAUGUUCUUCGUUGCAAGAGGCAACAAAGACUAUUAAGAUUAAAAAGAUUCCGGAAGUAUUGGUUAUUAAUUUCAAGAGAUUUAAAUAUGAUGAAAAAGUUGAUAGAAUGGUCAAGCUUUUCGAUUCAAUAUCUUACUCGCAUAAUUUGAGAUUAUUUAAUACCAAAGAGGAGGAAAGUAGUAAAGAUCAACAGCACAAUAACAAUGCAAGCGGAUCACAUUACGGCAAUGGAGAUGACUUUGCAUUAUUUGAAUUGUAUGCCUUAGUUGUUCAUAUUGGAGGUGGUCCUAUGCACGGGCACUAUGUUGCACUUUGUAAAGUUAAGGCUAAGUUAUGGCUUUUAUUUGAUGAUGAAACUGUAGAACUUGUGGAUGAUUCAUAUGUUAUGAGAUUCUUCGGUGAUGGCCCAGGCUUGGCGAGUGCAUAUAUAUUGUUUUACAGGAGAUGCAGAACAGAGGCAGGAAAUCUUGUAGACAAUGGAAAGGAGAGUGAACCUUCUGACGAAGAUAUUGAUUUUGGCUUUAAUUUGGAUGAAAUUUACCAUGGAGGUGACUAUUCACUUGCUGGUAGCUCGAAGGUGAAUCCACAACAGCUGCGACAGAUUUCCGUGGGUUCGGAUGGAAUACAUGAUGAAACAGCAGGAGGGAAGCUUUCCACAGCAUCAUCAUCGUUUUCUACUUCUGACACUUUAGAUGGAGGUCAAAAUUUUGCGGGGAAAGAUGUUCCAAUUUCUAAAAAGGCAACUGGAUUAUUCAAAAAGAAUUUCAAGCUCGACAACUUUACGGAAGAAGUGACUAGUUCUGUUUCAAGAACAUCUUCAAUUGGCGGUGAGAUCAAAAAUCCGUCACCACCAUUGGCUAAGAGCAACGAAAAGAAAUCAUGGGUUGGAGGAUUGAAAAGAAGGGAGCUGAAACAAGAAGGGCUUAGUGGGAAGAGCCAGACUGCUGAAAGAAACAAUUCAGUAGUCAGUGAGAGUAGUAAUGAGGGCGUUGCCAGAAGGAAAAGUAUAUUUGGAUUUAAGAAGAAGAAAUAA